GGUGACAGAGAAGCCAAAAAAAGCCAAGCAAAGCAGGAGGGCACUGGAAGCUUCACUUCUCUCUUCCCCGUCUCUCUCUGCUUUUUGUUAUGCAAAUCCUGAGACUGAUUUGAAUUGAAAUGAAAAUGGAAAUUAAAAGAAAAAAUCUGUAAUCUUAGAUAAGCAGAGAGAGAAAAACAGAAGAGCCCAUCAAUAGAGCCACAUGCACCUGCAGAUACUAGAUACAGAGAUUUAAUCGCCAGAUUAUGUUGUUGUUAUUGAAUCAAAAAUCAGAUCUUUCUCCUCCUCCUCCUCCUCCUCCUUAUUCUUCUUCUGAGUUUUGGCGAUCCGCUGUUGAGACGGUUUGAUGCUUACGAGGUUCUGUAUUUUUAUCCUCAUGUCCACUUCUGGUUUUCACAGUGCAACUGCUCAUAUAUGCAUGAGCAGGCAGCGGUUUUGCCACUUCAAAGAUUGAAGCCAAGAUACUUCCUUUCAUAUUGAACUGACAUGUCAGGCCUAGAAGGAUUUGGGGCUUAUGAUGAUGAACGUAGAGAGAGGAGGUCGGACUUUGAGAACUCUGAAGAAGAUAGACGGCGAUCUAAGAUUGGAAACCUCAAGAAAAAGGCUAUAAAUGCUUCAAAUAAGUUCACUCAUUCCCUUAAGAAAAGAGGUAAAAGGAAAAUUGAUUACAGGAUUCCUUCUUUCUCAAUAGAGGAUGUGCGCGAUGCAAAAGAGGAGAGUGCAGUUCUUGAAUUGCGUCAAAAACUUAUUGACAGAGAUUUGUUACCUCAUAGACAUGACGAUUAUCAUACAUUGUUAAGAUUCUUGAAAGCCAGGGACUUUAACAUUGACAAAACGAUUCAUAUGUGGGAAGAAAUGCUUAACUGGAGGAAAGAGUAUGGAACAGACACCAUAUUAGAGGAUUUUGACUUUGAGGAACUGGAGGAAGUCUUGCAAUAUUAUCCACAAGGGUAUCAUGGUGUUGAUAAGGAUGGAAGGCCUGUUUACAUUGAGAGGUUAGGAAAGGCACAUCCAAACAGGCUUAUGCAUAUCACCAGUAUAGAGCGAUAUCUGAAGUACCAUGUCCAAGAGUUUGAGAGGGCUCUACAAGAAAAGUUCCCUGCCUGCUCAAUUGCAGCAAAACGACGGAUAUGUUCAACAACAACAAUAUUGGAUGUGCAAGGCUUGGGCAUUAAAAAUUUUACAAGGACUGCUGCAAAUCUGUUGGCUGCCAUGACAAAAAUUGACAACAAUUACUACCCUGAGACUUUACAUCAAAUGUACGUUGUCAAUGCGGGUCCUGGCUUCAAGAAAAUGCUUUGGCCUGCUGCACAGAAAUUUCUUGAUGGAAAGACUAUUUCAAAGAUACAAGUUCUGGACCCCAAAUCCUUGUAUAAGCUACAGGAAGUCAUUGACCCAAAUCAAUUGCCUGAUUUCCUCGGUGGUUCAUGCACUUGUUUGGCCGAAGCAGGGUGCCUUAGGUAUAAUAAAGGUCCAUGGAAUGACCCUGACAUAAUGAAGCUUGUGCGUAAUGCAGAAGCAACAUUCGUGACGCAAACCACCAGAGUGUCUGAUGACCCUCAAAAAUUUGACUCUUAUACUCAAAUACGUCCAUGGAAGGGAAGAUGUAGUGACACAUCAACUGCAGAAUCGGGGUCAGAUAUUGAUGAUCCUUAUUCUCCAAUUGGAAGAAGGAGCUCUACCAUCCCUCGUUUGGCUCCUGUUCAUGAAGAACUCAAGGUACCAGAUUCAAAUGGCUACUUCAGCUGUGAUGAUAAUUUUACCCUGGCUGAGAAAGCCAGUAAAGUUGACAAAGGAGUGGGAGAUUCUUAUGGUCAAUCACUUAAAAUGAAUGAUCUGGGGAGCAUUAUGUGUAAAGCAACAUCAAGCACAGCAGGCCUCUUUUCAGGAGUUGCUUGUUGGAUUGAUACUGUCAAAGAAAAGGUUGAUAGAAGCAGUGUCCAGUGUACAUCAGGAAUGCUGAUAAAUUUGAUAUUCAAACUAGUUGCGUUUUUCCGUGGUUUGCGAUUUGAAUUUCGGAGAAGGCCAAACAACGUUCACCCUUCCAAUUCUGUUGAACACCGCAUAAAUGUUGAUUCACCAGCUCUAGGACCUGCGAAUGAAGAAGAAAAACGUGUUCAUCCAUGUAUUGAACGUCUUCAAACACUAGAGAAAGCAUUUGAGGAGGUUAGAAACAAGCCUGCAGGCAUUCCUUUGGAAAAGGACCAAAUGCUUAAGGAAUCUCUGGACAGAAUCAAGUGUGUUGAGUAUGAUCUUGAGAAAACGAAGAGAGUUCUGCAUGCUACAGUGAUGAAGCAACUUGAGAUCACCGAGCUGCUAGAUAAUUUACGUGAAUCAAAAUUCCGGCAAAGGAGAAUGUUCUGUUAAGUAUGUAAGUCUGACAGUGACAAAAUCAAAAGACAAAACAAUUAAGAAAAUGCAUUUGAGGACAUUUGCAGUAUCCGAGUUGGGACGGAGGAGUUGAGCCUGAAAGAGUGCCAUUGUGAGGGGAUCUUCGAGUCCUGGUGUAUCGGAGGAGGUAGAAACUUGUUUUUCCACUGUUUCUUUUCUUAAUGGCCCUUUUACAGUUAUAGUUUUCGACCCGAAUUACAGUUGAGCUGUUAGGGGUAUUUCCCCAGGAAAAAAGUACACAAAAAAAUCUUACACUAAACGUCCUGUUCUUCACUUGACUAAUAAUGUAGUUCUGUUUGCCUGUAUAUUAUGAAUGAAUGAAUAUCAGCAUCUUCCAACUAAAA